AUGUAAAGCUAAUUCCCUAGUUAAUACCCCUAAUUUGAUGAUUUAGAGGAAAUAAGAUAGUUCAUAACAAGCAAAACAAAUGCUAUUGAUCUCGGCCUUCAGAUGCCACCCUACUUGUCAUCCUUUUACUAGCCAUUGAGAAAGCAAACUUUUUAAAAUUAUUUAGCUGCCAAAGUAAGCGAUCCAAAUUAGAGGAAGCAGGCAAUCUACAAAUACAUUCAAUUAGUCGAUAUCGAAAUAUUGAGUUUAUUUUCUGAAUAGAUCAUUAAGCCCUAUUAGAAUUUGAUAUUGGUGAGACACUACGGGAUUCCUUAAGAUUUGGAUGUGGAGAAACUAAAAUUGGACAAUAAGACAUUGGGGGCAUUGAAUGAUUUGGCUAGUUCCAUAGCAUAGUGGAAUCUUUAAAUUGAAAUAGCUGUCGACAAUAUUACGAGAGUUCAGUUGUACGACCUUUGGAAUCCAACAGGAAAGAUUAAGGAGGCCUAAUUGACAGCUGAAAUCAAGGGAAUUCUCAGUCCAUAAGAUGAUUUUGAUUUUAAGACCUAUUCAAAACAUAUAUUAAUAAGAUUGUUGGCUUAGGGAGCAGACAAAUUUGGAAAGUAUUUAUAUUCAAAUGGUUUAUCUGAAUCAAAUUUGUCAUAUGGUGCAGCCUUAGUGAUAUAUCACACCUUGGUUGGGAAGUCCGCUUUGCCAUGGAAUGUCAUAAUCCCUAAUGUCUCAUUAAAGUGGCUGUUUGGUGGAUUGGUUGGAUCUUUAGCUUUGGGUAAGGUUUCAACGUAUUUGGAGAAAUGUGAUUAGGUGUAAUAGUUAAGUGGAUGUGCAGAGGUGUUUUAAGAGAUUACAAGUUUUCUGAUUAAUUUCAAUGAAACCAUAUCUGUUGCAAUAAGUGAAGUAUUACUGACAGUGAAUGAAGAAUAAGAGAAAUAGAAGAAAUAAAAUUUGGGUAAUCUGAUUGAUUAAUUCCUUGAAUCGCCAGAAUCGAUUAAGGAUGGUUAGACUGAAAUAAUUACUUGCGAGGAUAUUAUUAAACAUGAAUAGGAUGAGUGGCAAAUAAUUUAAUGAUUAUUAUAUAUGCAAAAUAAUUUAAAUACUGUUAUUAUA